AUGAGCUCGGAGAGGCCGGUGCCGCGGCGGGAGAGCCCGUGGGGUCUGCCCGAGGGCGACACGCGGCAGCCCAAGGCGCACCGCUGCAACGACCGCGCCGAGGACGUCGUCCAGGCUUGCUUUGAAGGGAACCCAUUCAAGACAGUUCCAGGUCCAUUCAAGCUCUUCUGGCAAUGCAUGCGCUCAAAACCUGGGUAG